AUGGAUGAUAAGAAGCAGAAAGCCGUGGUCAUUGAGAUCUCUGAAGACGAGAUGGAAUAUGAUCAUAAGCUGAUCAUUGACAUAAAGCAGAAAGAACAGACCACUCAGGUUUCCCAACAAAUGAAGGAAGAUGAUGAGGAGAUCAGCAUAGACGACAUAAAAAAAAUGAUAGAGAUUAGCCACGAAGAAGGCCGUUCGUCGUCUUUGAGUUGUAUCUACAGAGUGCCCUCAACGAUCCGUCUUCUAAAUCACAAGGCUUACACUCCUAAAGUGGUUUCUAUUGGUCCUUUUCAUCAUGGUAAUGUGAGGCUGCGAGAUAUGGAGAGGUACAAAACAAUAAUGUUCAACACAUUUGCACGAGACAAGGACUUGAAUAGUUUGAUUGAGUUAGCAAGAAAGUAUGAGCCGAAUGUCCGUGCUUCUUAUUUUGAUAGCAUCAACUAUAACAAGAAGGACCUUGUGAAACUGAUAUUAGUGGACUCUGCUUUCAUCAUUGAACUCUUUAUGAUGAAAUACAAAGGUAACAUAAAUGAAGAUCCUAAACUAUCACAGUUAUGGUUGACGGAAGCUAUACGUAAGGAUUUGCUUUUACUUGAGAAUCAACUUCCAUUCUUUUUUCUUAAAAAGCUAUAUAACGUAGCCUUUCCUUGUAACCGUAGAGGUGAUCUCCCUUCAUUUCUUGAGCUUACAUAUUCCUACUUUGCCUUUUUUAACAAGCAAAGGUUAGAGCACAAUCGUAACAUAAAGCAUUUCACAGAUCUUCUUAGAUUAUUUUACUUAUCGAGAACCCAACCAAGAAGGGAUGCAUAUCAAGGGGAUGAUUCCGAUCAGCUCAAGUAUAGUGCAAAUGAGUUACAAGAGGCAGGUGUGAAGUUGAGGAAAAGCACAAGCAAGUGCUUACUAGACCUGAAAUUUUCAAAAUCUGUUCUGGAGAUUCCUCAAAUUAAUAUUGAUGAUGGGACUGAAACUUUGUUUCGUAAUAUCAUAGCUUUAGAACAGUGUCUUUAUUAUGAUAAAUCGUAUUUUACUGACUAUAUUUUUGUAUGGGAUACCCUAGUCAACACAAAUAAAGAUGUGGAGGUUCUCUCUCAUGAAGAUAUUAUCGACAAUUGGUUAAGUGAUGGCAAUGAGGCUGCAACGUUAUUUAAUGGUCUGGCGAAAAAUGUAAGUCAAGGCAAAUUCAAUAGUACAUACGCUGACAUUUGCGGAAGAUUGAAUAAGUUUUGUCAAGAUCCUUGCCAUAAGACAAUGGCAAGUUUGAGAAGAGGUUACUGCAACACACGGUGGCAAACAAUGGCUUCUAUUGCUGCAAUCAUCCUUCUUAUUCUCACCAUCACUCAAACCGUAUGCUCGAUCUUCCAAGUAGUAUGA